GCGCGGGCCGGGCCGGGCCGAAGCAAGCGCCCGGCGGGCAGCGGCGCCAGAGCGAGUGGAGCCUUCGGGGUCCCCGGGUGGCGGCGGCGGCGGUGCAGAGGAGGAAGGCGGCGGCUCUCCCCCUGCCGGCGCGCGACCCGGUCCGUCCCGCGAGCUUGCGCCGGUCCCGCGGCCCGGCCCGGCCCCGGGCCCCUCCGCCGCCGCCGCCGCCACCGUCAUGGCCAGGCAGCUGGUGCCCAGCUCGCAGAAGGCGCUGCUGCUGGAGCUGAAGGGGCUGCAGGAGGAGCCGGUGGAGGGCUUCCGGGUGACGCUGGUGGACGAGGGCGACCUGUACAACUGGGAGGUAGCCAUCUUCGGGCCCCCCAACACCUACUACGAGGGCGGCUACUUCAAGGCUCGCCUCAAGUUCCCCAUCGAUUACCCAUAUUCCCCACCAGCCUUCCGGUUCCUCACCAAGAUGUGGCACCCCAACAUUUAUGAGACGGGGGACGUGUGCAUCUCCAUCCUCCAUCCCCCAGUUGACGACCCUCAGAGUGGGGAGCUGCCCUCAGAGCGGUGGAACCCCACACAGAAUGUCAGGACCAUCCUCCUGAGUGUGAUCUCCCUGCUGAAUGAGCCCAACACCUUCUCGCCCGCCAAUGUGGAUGCCUCAGUGAUGUACAGAAAGUGGAAGGAGAGCAAGGGAAAGGACCGGGAGUACACAGACAUCAUCCGCAGGUCUUGGGGACCAAGGUGGACGCAGAGCGUGAUGGCGUGAAGGUGCCUACCACACUGGCUGAGUACUGCGUGAAGACCAAGGCGCCGGCGCCCGACGAGGGCUCGGACCUCUUCUACGAUGACUACUAUGAGGACGGGGACGUGGAGGAGGCCGACAGCUGCUUUGGGGAUGAAGAGGACGACUCUGGCACCGAGGAGUCCUGACCCGCGUCCCCGAAAUAAACUUACAAAUUUUACCUCAGCAGGACCCGUGUGGGCCUCAGGCGAUAGACUACCUCACCGAGGUUCCAUGUGGGCUCCCGUCCCGUGACCCUUAGGUCCUCUUACCCCGUGGUGCCUGGCAGAUACCCACUCAACUCACAGAUGGUGACAAGCCUGGGAGGCUGGGAACCGCCUCGUGGGGAGGCAGAGACUCCAUCCCAGCCCAAGCAGGGCCAGCCCCACAGUCACCUCCUCUCUGCUUUGGUGUGUGUGAAACCCAAAUAAAAUGGCUUUCUGAGAAGCUGGAGAAACAGCCAGGACGC